GCUCUGCCCAGCCAUUAUCUUCAUUACAACAUUUUACAAGCGAAAGUUAUAAAUAUAAAAUAAGUUGGAGAACAAGGAAAAAGGCUGAGUUCGUUUUUGCCUGCGGGCCGCGGCAAAUCGUAGCUACAAUAACAACAACAACAGCAGCCAUCACUUACCGGCUCGCUGCCCAUCAUUGAGCCGAACCAGCACAAAAAAGAUGCGAAAUACUGACAAUACAUUGAAGCUGACAAAACACGACGUGGACGACAACCGCCGACCGCUCAAGGAGCACCAAAUACAUUUUUUUCGACCUUUUUUAAUGACACUAAUUAAAACAUGAAGGCACUUGAUAUAAAUCAACCACAAUCUCUGACUGUAACCGGGCAGCUUACGAGCGAGGAGCAACGCAAUGCAAUACGGUCGGAGCGCGCUUCAAGUCUGGCCUUGCCAUUAAACUCAUUGCUGGACUUCUACGACAAACAACAGGAGCAAUGCAAGUCUGUGUCCUUACUGCCCACCCGUGUCGCCAGCAUGGUGCGCCGCCACUCAUCGCACUAUUAUCCUAUGCUGGAGGAUAAGCAACAUCCCCUGCAGGUGUCGAGCGAGCGACCAACAGAGCUGCUGGUAAACGGAGCAAAGCAGAAAUUCUGCAAAUCAGCCGGCUCAGCCACAUCCAAGCCAACAGUGGUGCGUGUUGACACUCCCGUGACGCCACCGCCUCCCAUACCGAGGCGUAUGUUCCGUGGCAAAUCCGCUUGGCAUGCCAACGAAACUGGAAUCAAUGAUGUAUCCAUGCAAAUUCAAGCUUCGAUGGCGUUGUCUGCUCGCAACGCGCUACAACAACAGCGGCAGGAAUCCAUUGCCACAGUGUUUGUUUAUCCGCAGCAAACAAACUCAGCCCCGGCAGGCGUUCCAGCAUCGAGUGGUGGAAAAGUUGUGGGCGAUGUUGUUGAUGCCGCCUAUAUGCCAAGCCAAUCGACAGGGCUUGUUGAUAUGAGUGCACGGCCAAUGUAUGCGGAUGCCGAUGGUAUAUCCGAUGAUGACCGCAUGAGCUUGGAGAAUUCCGUGUUUGAUGAGUCACUGACUUCCACACCCGUCAAGGUUGGCAGCAGUCAUGGCAGAUAUGCCAGUGCAGGUCGAGCCAUGGGCACUCUGGGCAUUGAUUUGAGCUUGAGUCACAUAGUAAAACGGGCCAAUCGUUCGUCCAGCAGCACCGUGGACUCGACCACCAUGUCCUCGGGCUACGGCUCGUCUGGACACAGUGAGCGCUUUGCCUCCACCUCAACAACCGCUGAUUUUCGCAGUCGUUUCUCCUCGGUUGAUACGCAAUCAUCGCUGGACGGCAGUCUGGUUGAAAAGCCAAAUGACUCGCCACUGUCGAAGGACACGUUCAAAUUAGAGCGUGCUGCGUUCCACGACGUCAUGCACAAAAUCAACAACAAUGAGGUGCGAGGUAUGUGCACUCCCAGCAACAACAACAACAGCAACAACAACAGCUUGACGCGCUCAACAAGCGCCAGCAAUCGGUCAGCUCUGCCGGUGGUGCCGGCACGCAAGCCGACAGGCGCCAACAACAUGCUGCCGCCUUGCAACAACAGUGGCCACAACUCAUCAAGCGACUCCAACAAAGACACUAGCAGUGUAUCCGCCUCGGCAUCCACCUCGUCGGCAGCAUCGGCUGGCUCUACUAGCACGAUGUCCUCCUCUUCCCUGGGAACGGGUCCGAGCCCUGGAAUGCCCGCUACAGUUGCUGCUGUUGCAGUGGCCACUAACAAUCAGAAACGUCCAGUGCCACCGGUCCCACCGGUGCGCACACAUAACUCCUUCGAAAGCACAGAGAGCAAUGCCAAGACCCAGGCGGCGUCGUCACAACCGCAGUCCAUACGCAACAAGUUGAAUCGCACCAAGCCACCGCCAAUUACGUAUCCUAAGCUGCAGCAACGCCAAGACUCAACGCUGUCGAGCGACAGCUACUCGAUCACCUCCAGUCCUGGCUACAACUCCAAGAACCUAAUGGAGACACCGCUGCUUCAGCCAGCCAUACGUAAAUCUGGUCCCGGGGUAGCGCAACGACAACCUACCAUUGGCAGUGCCGAUCAGGCAACCACUCGCUUCGUCAUCGGCGGCAAUAGUCAUCCCAGCUCUAUUUCGCGCGGCAAAAAUAAUUUCAGACAGGACUCGACCAUAUCCAGCGAUAGUUUCAGCCAGACAUCCAGCCCGGGCUACAACUCGAAGAUUAUGGAGGCACCCUUGCUACCCUCAUUGUCGGCCAAGCGAUUAUGUAGCGCUCCCGCUCCCAUUAUAUGCCAGGGUGUGCAGCACGAGCCCAUCGAGGAGUUGGAGCCUUCCCAGACACUGACGGCUUUGAAUAAGUGCAUGACAACGCCCAGCAGCUUGCAGACAAUUGUACGCUUUCAAAACGGUGCUCCUCACACCAUGUCCUUACAGAAUCAGAUAAUAACGCGUCGCAAGAGUUCCAAUCCCUAUAUAACAAAUGGCAGAUUAAAAUUCCGUCUCUUUCAAAUUCUGAUUAAUGCUUUCGCCUUGUUGGCCAUUGCUGGUGGCCUCGCGGCCUAUUUCAAUGCGUAUCCGACCAUCAAAUUUGUAAACAAGACCAUCAUCAAUACGAUUCACGUUGAAGAACUCUCGAGCUUUGGAAAGAAUCCCGCCCCUGGUACUUGCUUGCCGAUCAUUGUGAAAUUUUGCCAGGGACCCCAAAUACCAUACAACUAUACCGUCUUUCCAAAUUACAUUGGACACUUCGGGCAGCUGGAGACGCAAGUGGAUCUCGAUUCUUAUGAAGCUCUCGUUGAUGUACGCUGCUAUGAACUGGUCUCCCUCUUCCUCUGCACCUUAUUCGUGCCCAAGUGUGGAAGUACCGGCGCCACUGUGCCGCCCUGUAAGACGCUCUGCACAGAGACAAUGAGACGCUGCGGCUUCUUCUUUGACGUUUUCGGCCUCAGCCUUCCCGAGUAUUUGAACUGUAAACUUUUUAAGGAUUUCUCUAGUGCUGAGGACUGCGUGGGUCUCGACGAAGUGCGGGAUGUAAUGAUAGCUGCCACAAACCCCAAAUGCGAUGGCUUUCAGUGCGACCAGAACCGUUGUCUGCCCAAGGAGUACGUGUGUGAUGGCCAUCUGGACUGCAUGGACCAGGCGGACGAGGCCAAGUGCGAGAGGUGCGAGCAGGAUGAAAUUUACUGCGGCGAUGAUCGCUGCAUUGGUCCCAAGCACAUAUGCGACGGUAUCAUCGAUUGUCCCUACGGCCAGGACGAGCGUAAUUGUCUGCGUCUCAGUGAACGGAAUGGCGAUGUGGGGAUAGGCGUGCUCGAGGUUUUCCGCAUUAGCAUGCGCCAAUGGAUGCCAGCUUGCGUUAAGAACUGGGAUCGUGGAGUUUCGCCAAGUGCCGUCUGCUCCAUUCUUGGUUAUAGCGCUGUAAAUGCAACCAGUGUGGUCACCCAAAGAACACAUCGACCUCUGCUGGCUGCGGUUAAUGUCACCGACACAUGGAAGAUGUACGCUAAAAAACGCUCAACACUAAUGCAGGAGUUUUCCAAUUGCAAGCAGUCGGAGGACUAUCCCAUCGCUGAACUGACCUGCUCUAACUACGAGUGUGGCAAGGUGAAACGUGGACGGCACAAGCCUGCCCGACGCAUCAUAGGAGGAUCGAAAGCAAAUCCCGGUAAUUGGCCCUUCCUGGCAGCCAUUUUAGGUGGGCCCGAAAAGAUUUUCUAUUGUGCAGGCGUCCUGAUAUCUGAUCAGUGGGUGCUCACAGCAUCGCAUUGCGUGGGCAACCACACCGUCAUCGACCUGGAAGACUGGACUAUUCAGCUGGGUGUAACGCGACGCAAUUCUUUUACCUACACUGGACAGAAGAUCAAGGUGAAGACGGUUAUUCCGCAUCCGCAGUAUAAUAUGGCCAUAGCACAUGAUAAUGACAUUGCACUCUUUCAACUGGCAACGCGCGUUGCUUUCCACGAACAUCUCUUGCCCGUUUGUUUGCCGCCACCAAAUGUCAAGUUCUUGCGUCCCGAUCAGUUGUGCACCGUCAUUGGUUGGGGCAAGCGUGAGGACAAGGAUCCCAAGUCCACGUAUGAGUUCAUAGUGAAUGAGGUGCAGGUACCGAUUAUCAGGAGAGCUCAGUGUGAUGAAUGGCUGGACAACCUAACUGUUUCCGAGGGCAUGGUAUGUGCUGGCUACGAUGAUGGUGGCAAGGAUGCUUGUCAGGGCGACUCGGGAGGUCCUUUGCUCUGUCCCUAUCCGGGUGAAAAGGAUCGUUGGUUCGUUGGCGGUAUUGUCUCUUGGGGCAUUAUGUGCGCUCAUCCCAAACUGCCCGGCGUCUAUGCAAACGUUAUUAAGUACGUUCCCUGGAUACAGGAACAAAUGCAAAAGUAUACGCGACCUAUUAGCGAAGAUCGAGUCCUCAAAUACGAUUCUCAUCCCGGCGGACCCGACAUAUUGUCGAAAAUGGCAACAGGUCCUAUAAGAAGUAGGAAACCAUUUUAUUAUCACAAUGGCAAGCCGAUGGGCAUCGACUACUACGAUAGCGGCGAAAAGAAGUAAGUGGAAUAUGUUUAAAUUAAGUGGAACACAUACAUAUGUAUGUAUGUAUUCACACCGAUUUAGCAGCAUAUAUUGUUAAUGAAUAUCGUAAACAUAAAAUGUAGUGAAUGUCAAAGCUAAAAAACAUACAAUGUAGUGUAUCGUAUGCAAACAUCUAAAACAUGAAUAGAGCAUAUCCCUGAAACAAUUAUUGUAUUCGAGACAUACACAUACAUCUAUACCUAUACCUUUACCUGGAAGCAUACAUAUAAAGAGAUGUU